AGACCCAGACCCAGGACCAUGGGACCCCAGCACUUGAGCCCUGUGCAUCUGCUCUGCCUCCUAGGGGCCAUCUCCACUCUGCCUCGGGCUGGGGCUCUUUUGUGCUACGAAGCAACAUCCUCGCUCUUCAGAGCUGUUUCUCUCCAUAACUGGAAAUGGCUUCUGAUGAGGAGCAUGGUGUGUAAGCUGAAUGAGGGCUGUGAGGAGACGCUGGUAUUCAUCGAGACAGCUGAAGGGUCCAGAAGGGGAGUUGUGGGUUUUAAGGGCUGCAGCCCAGCCUCCUCUUACCCCCAGCAAGUCUCUUACCUCGUUUCACCGCCUGGGCUGUCCGUUGCCUCCUACAGCCGUGUCUGCCGGUCAUAUCUCUGCAACAACCUCACCAGCUUGGAUCCUUUUGUGAAACUCAAGGCCAACACUCCGAGGUCUACAGCAUUUUCUUCCCAUGGUUGCCCAACCUGUGUGGGCGAACACUCUAAGGGCUGCCUCCCAAGUUUUGUCACCACUGAUUCUUGCCCCUAUGACGCCUCUCAGUGCUACAGUUCCACCUUAAAAUUUCAGGCAGGGCUCCUCAAUACCACCUUCCUCCUCAUGGGCUGUGCUCGUGAACAUCACAAACUUUUAGCAGAUUUUCACCAUAUUGGGAGCAUCAGAGUGACCGAGGUCCUCAACGUCUUAGAGAAGGCCCAGAUUGCUGGCGUAGAGCCCUCCAGUCGGGGUCCUGCUUGGGGCAUCCUCUCAGGGCUUCUGCUUGCCUUCAGGGACUGACAGUCUGGCUGGACUGGACAACCCCCUUCCCAUAACCCAGUAAAGUCACAGAGUUGCCUUUC